AUGGCGGACGAUGCGCGAAUCGUCCUACUGGAGAAGAAGGAAGACAAUGACAACCAGAACUGCCCUGGCUGUAACAUUGAUAGACUUAAACAAGAGCAACGAGGCAUACCUUACAUGAACCUCUCCUUCAUCUGGCUUGUCUCACUCUGCACCGCUCUCCCGAUAUCUUCUCUGUUUCCAUAUCUUUAUUUCAUGAUCAGAGACUUUCAUAUUGCAAAACAAGAAGAGGAUAUUGGUUUCUAUGCUGGUUUUGUUGCAUCAUCAUUCAUGAUUGGAAGAGCUCUGACAUCUAUUUUCUGGGGGAAGUUAGCUGAUAGAUAUGGUCCAAACCUAUUAUCCUCAUUGGGACAUUCACAGUGUUAG